UGACUUUUUCCGCAUAGUCAAACCCAGAAUAUGGAUGCAAGAACUCGGGGGCUGAGGCGAAACUGGACACUUCAAGCUCGCAACUUUUGAAUUCGUCACCCGAAAUCUCUCCCAAUAUAUAAGCAUCUUCCUCCCUUACCUUCUUUUUAUCAAACCUUUGAUCUGAGAUAAUCUCCUACUGUGCAAUGAAUCCCGCGUGCUGCGUUCAUGAUUGGGAUCUGCAGGCCGUCAUCCGGGGGUGCAGCGUCGGCGAGACUUGUUAUGACGUCACGGAUUGUGCGACGUGGUGGUCUGUUGCCCGCCCGCGACAGGAAGAGUUCCUCUUUGCCGGGUUUCCUGAGUUUGCCGAGACGUCGGCACUCUUAGAUGAUUUGGAGCAGCUCUACAAGCCGUUCUAUCCGGUGCUGCCAUCUGCGUGUGACACGGCAUCGAAAUCUGAAGAAGUGAUUGAAGAGGCCGAGAAUAAGCUGGAGGAAGAAGAGCCCUUGACGGAUGCUUCGAUGACGAGCCAGGCAGUUUGUUAUGAUGGAGCUAAACAAAGGAGAAGGAAGAAUCAGCAGAAAAGGGAGGUGCACCAUGUGACGGCGGACGGGAUCUCGUCGGACAUGUGGGCUUGGCGCAAGUACGGCCAGAAGCCGAUCAAGGGUUCGCCCUAUCCCAGGAGCUACUAUAGGUGCAGCAGCUCAAAGGGUUGUUUGGCAAGGAAACAAGUUGAGCGAAGCAGCUCCGACCCCAGCGUCUUUGUCGUGACCUACACCGGCGAGCACAGCCACACCCUCCCAACUCGCCGGAACGCGCUUGCCGGCAGCACCAGGAACAAGUUCGCUCCCCCUAAAGCAAAGCAAUCCGCCAUAGUUAAAGGCAACAUGCGUGGGCCUCUAGCCAAGAGCGCGUGCGACUCUCUGGGCUCAACUGCUGCUCAGUCUCCAACGACUCCUCCGCUCGUCACGACUCUUUCUGAAGAAGACAAGGAGCAAUUGUCCAGCUGCGGGAGCGGGUUAUCCGGUGGGAGCUACGACAACAACGUCGACCCGACCUCAUUCUUCAGCGAUGAAAUAUUCAUGGGGUUCGAGGAGCUGAACGAGAUGGUUAUGGAUCUAGGCCUCGCUGGCUGCAGCUAAAAUCACCACAUGAAGAACUCGUUCGACAGAGCGAGAUUAACGAAUCACAUCUUGUAGUAUUUUUGUCCAAGUGAUGAUAGUUUUUUAAGUUUGCUGCUCAAUUGUAAAGAUCGAAAAAGAAAUAGAAGAUCCAUAACUUAUGACAUGCAUGGAAGAAUACGGUAUAGAAAUUUCAUUAGCGCCAUUAAUUUUGGCUCACCGGAUAAGACUGCUUUCAUUAGGGAAUUUUAAAAAAGGGUUGGCUGGGUUUUGAUCAGCUAAGUAUCAGCUAAUUACACAAAAUUACAAAGUG